AUGUCAGAGGAUGGGGAUCUGGCGUCCGAUGAGGAGGCCUGGCCGAUAGACGCCGCCACCGACGACGAGGAUCUGGCGGAUGAACCGACGCUGCCUUGCGUUGGCGCUGCCUUGUGGUCCUGGUUGCCAGAAGAGGUGCUGCGCCUGUUUGCCAAGUCGUCCUCAGUCACGGUGGUGCGCUCUCGCGCCAUAGACCUAUCCAUAUGCCCAGUUUGCGGACACAAGAUUCCCGAAGGCCAGAGCUUUUGCGAGAGGUGCGGCAAGGAGUUGUUUGACGAGCGUGUGGGCAGGCAAACCAGAGUACAAGUCGGUGGGCCUUUCAGCCGCGAGGACUGCGAAUCUUUCGCGUCGGCGCUGAUGCGAGCGAACGUGCUCGAGCACAUCACCAUAUUUUCGCUCUCGUUUGCUCCCGAUGGCGCGAUCGAUCCUCUCCUUGACGCUUGGGCAGGCGGUGCCAUGAUAAUGCUCGACCGGGUGGAGCUCCGUCAGAGCGUGCACACAACGAGAGGUCUCCAAGCGCUCGAGGAUGCCAUUCAGAAAGGCGCCCUCCCUGCCGUUACGCAGCUGAGUCUCCCUCAGAAUGAGCUCAGCAGCUUGAGCGUGGAGCCACUCCUCCGCAUCAGUUCGCAUCUCAACCAACUGAAGCACCUCGAGUUGCAUGACAACGCGCAGCUCUGGGUCGACGCGGGAGCCUUCAGCCUUCCCGAGCAGCCUGCCCUGCAGGAGCUGCGCGCUACACUGGACGGUCGUGGAAUCCAGCUCCAUCUUAGACCGCGCAAUGUCUAA